AUGAUGGAUCGCCGCACAGGCGAGAGCCCCAUGGACUUUGAAUGGCAGACUCGCGCCCCCGGAGAUGUCACUUCGCCUUUUUACCAGCUGGGCCUGCAGCACGAGCAAAAGAGACAAAACCACAGCGCUUUCAGCUCUCCCAACAAACAACAAUUCUCCUUUGCUCCACCACCUACACCCCAACAGCAACAGCAACAGCGCCCCGUGUCGCCGUCUCGCCCAAAUGCGAUUUUCGGUAAACCAGCUUUUCAAACCCCUCGCAAGUUCGACACUGCUGCCGACUACUCCUCGGGCGCUGAAAAUAUGUCUUCACCAGAGAACAACAACAAUAACGGUGCCGAUGAAGAAGACGAAGAAGACGAAGAAACGACCACCCCAGAACCCGUGCAGAAAAAGGAAAAACGAAACUCGCUUUUCGGUCUUUACGGCAGGUUUGCGCCGAGUCCAGGGCGCGGCGGUAUUCCCAAAGUGACCAGACACACAACGGAUCAAGCGCGACGAGUGCACAAACGGCGUCUGCGUGAUCGAGAUUUAGAUCGGCAUUUGCGCAGGGAUAGUGACUACGAUAUCUACGAUAGCGACCGGCCGAGCAGCCGCGAGGGAAAACGCGGCAAGAAGAAAGAAAUAUCAGAGAAACAACAACAAACGGCACCCCAGCCAUCGGUUUGGGCCAGGUUUUUUUCAUUUUUGAAUGAAAAUCCAAACUUGCCCACGAUUUUGUCGUAUUGGCUGCAACUGGUCUGGAAUAUUGUCAUUUUCUCGGUGGCUACGGCAGUGGUGCUGUCGUUUGUCUGGACGAUCAAGACCGACAUUGACCAUGCGGCGGAUUCGAAGCGAUCCGAAAUUCUGUCAGAGAUCUUUACGUGCAGAGAACUCUACAACAAAAACCGAUGCGGUGCCGAGGACCGCCCACCAGCCCUAAAUGAUGUGUGCACAAACUGGGAACGUUGUAUCGACCAGAAUCCGACACGAGUUGCGCGGGCGACGGUCUCGGUGCAGACCAUUUCGAAGAUUAUUUCUGGAUUCGUCGAUACUAUCAGCAUGAAAGCAUUUGCAUUUUUCUUAUUGACCGUCACUACGCUGACAUUCGUCAGCAACUGGUCCUUUGCCGCAUUCCGCAACCAGUACAGCCAGAAAGAACAGCCGUAUCCAUACGCUGCUUCUCAGCCACCGCCUCCUCCGCAUUACCAAAAUCCUCCCAUUUCUUAUCCAACCGGAAACCAUUCAUACCCCAACGAAAACCAAUACCCUCUCGAGUAUCCCAAGACCCCAGGCCGCAACGAUAGCCCGGUACGCCAGCGCAGCUUUGAAGUCAAGCGAGACGAGCCUUUACUGCUAGAAGACACACCUUCACGUGCGGCCUUUGUGACGGGGCGCACUCGUGACCGUGAGCAGCAUUUGCAUACUCCGAGUCCGUCGAAGAGGGAUCGUUUUUGGUGA